GCCGACGAGAUGGCGGCGCCCUCGGGGAAGCGGCGACCCGGCGCGGCCAUGCUUCCUGCGAGCCCGCGGCCCCGGCCGCUGUACGGCGCCGGCGGCCAAGAUGGCGGCGCCUGGAGCCGGUCGCGGCGGCCGCGGGCCGGGCCGUCGCGGAGCUGACGCGCGCGCCUGCGCACUAGGAGUACGGUGCCCGGGAGGCGCGCCAGAAGCGGAAGUAGUUGUGGGCACCUUUGCAACCGCCGCGGGCGCCGAGGAGUUGUCCGCAGGUUGGCGGGGGGCCGGCAGGGUCGCGAAGGGGUGCGCCGGGCGUGGAGAGAUGGACGGGGAUGGCUCAGACCCAGAGCCUCCAGAUGCGGGGGAGGACAGCAAGUCGGAGAAUGGGGAGAACGCACCCAUCUACUGCAUCUGCCGCAAACCAGACAUCAAUUGCUUCAUGAUCGGAUGUGACAACUGCAAUGAGUGGUUCCAUGGGGACUGCAUCCGGAUCACAGAGAAGAUGGCCAAAGCCAUCCGGGAGUGGUACUGCCUGGAGUGCCGAGAGAAAGACCCCAAGCUGGAGAUCCGCUAUCGGCACAAGAAGUCACGGGAACGGGACAGCAAUGAGCGAGACGGCAGUGAGCCCCGGGAUGAGGGUGGAGGGCGCAAGAGGCCUGCCCCGGAUCCAGACCUGCAGCGUCGGGCGGGGUCAGGCACAGGGGUUGGGGCCAUGCUUGCUCGGGGCUCUGCUUCGCCCCACAAAUCCUCUCCACAGCCCUUGAUGGCCACACCCAGCCAGCAUCACCAGCAGCAGCAGCAGCAGCAGCAGAUCAAACGGUCAGCCCGAAUGUGUGGCGAGUGUGAGGCCUGCCGGCGCACUGAGGACUGUGGCCACUGUGACUUCUGCCGGGACAUGAAGAAGUUUGGGGGCCCCAACAAGAUCCGGCAGAAAUGCCGGCUGCGUCAGUGCCAGCUGCGGGCCCGGGAAUCGUACAAGUACUUCCCUUCCUCGCUCUCGCCAGUGACAUCGUCAGAGUCCCUGCCAAGGCCUCGCCGGCCCCUGCCCACCCAGCAGCAGCCACAGCCAUCACAGAAGCUGGGACGCAUCCGUGAGGACGAGGGGGCAGUGGUGUCAUCAGUAGUCAAGGAGCCACCUGAGGCUACAGCCACACCUGAGCCACUCUCAGAUGAGGACCUACCACUGGACCCUGACCUGUACCAGGAUUUAUGUGCAGGGGCCUUUGAUGACCACGGCCUGCCCUGGAUGAGCGACACAGAGGAGUCCCCGUUCUUGGACCCUGCGCUGCGGAAGAGGGCAGUGAAAGUGAAGCAUGUAAAGCGUCGGGAGAAGAAGUCUGAGAAGAAGAAGGAGGAGAGAUACAAGCGGCAUCGGCAGAAGCAGAAGCACAGAGACAAAUGGAAACACCCGGAGCGAGCCGACGUCAAGGACCCUGCAUCGCUGCCGCAGUGCCUGGGGCCGGGCUGCGUGCGCGCUGCACAGUCCACCUCCAAGUAUUGCUCAGAUGACUGUGGCAUGAAGCUGGCAGCCAAUCGCAUCUACGAGAUCCUCCCCCAACGCAUCCAGCAGUGGCAGCAGAGCCCCUGCAUUGCUGAAGAGCAUGGCAAGAAGCUCCUUGAACGCAUUCGCCGUGAGCAGCAGAGUGCCCGCACCCGCCUUCAGGAAAUGGAGCGCCGAUUCCAUGAGCUUGAGGCCAUCAUUGCGCGUGCCAAGCAGCAGGCUGUGCGAGAGGAUGAGGAGAGCAAUGAGGGUGACAGUGACGACACAGACCUGCAGAUCUUCUGCGUCUCCUGCGGGCACCCCAUCAACCCACGUGUUGCCUUGCGCCACAUGGAGCGCUGCUAUGCCAAGUAUGAGAGCCAGACGUCCUUUGGGUCCAUGUACCCCACACGCAUUGAAGGGGCCACACGACUCUUCUGUGAUGUUUACAAUCCUCAGAGCAAGACAUAUUGUAAGCGGCUCCAGGUCUUGUGCCCAGAGCACUCACGGGACCCCAAAGUGCCAGCUGACGAGGUAUGUGGGUGCCCCCUUGUACGUGAUGUCUUUGAGCUCACAGGUGAAUUCUGCCGCCUGCCCAAGCGACAGUGCAACCGCCAUUACUGCUGGGAGAAGUUGCGGCGUGCUGAAGUGGACCUGGAGCGUGUGCGCGUGUGGUACAAGCUGGACGAGCUGUUCGAGCAGGAGCGCAAUGUACGCACAGCCAUGACAAACCGGGCAGGAUUACUGGCCCUGAUGCUGCAUCAAACCAUCCAGCACGACCCACUCACUACCGACCUUCGCUCCAGUGCUGACCGUUGAGCCUCUCCGGCUCAGAUGUCCUCACAGCCUUCACCCCAGGCUGGGAGCUGCCUGGAAUCCCCCAUGUGUCUUUCUUCAGUGGUCUCUGUUUCUCCUCGUGCCCAUCCAUCAUUUGACCGCCCAGUUGCCCUUACCAGACUCAGACUUCUUCCUUUCUGUACCCUUCUGUUUCUUCAUUCUUUAUGCCUGGGUGGAACAGUGCAGUCUGCUCACCCUUGCUUCCUUUCUUCCUGGUUUUGUUAAUAAAAUUUUGAACCAAAUUUUGGUCACCAAACUUUA